AUUAGAACUCCCAGCCCUCCACCUGUUAACCGACAGUUAAGAAAUCAAACCAGACGGUUUUCAGCAUCGUGAAAAGUGGCUUUUUUUUGCUAAUGUUUCCCUCGUCUGGUCUCUUUGCCGACAUAGCUUGUCCUUCCUUGAAACGCGGGCCUUGUGAGCGGCCUCACUGUUGGUACAAACAUGCUACAAACGUGCGAGAUAUGUUUGGUGCCUCGUACAAAUCAUCGAUAGUUGACUUUGCAGGAGCUCAAAACGGCUAUCCGUCUGUCUGUGGAGCACAAGUGACUGAUGAGAUCAAAGAGGUAUGCCUCCAGGAGCUGGAGCGGAUCAACAAGGAGAUUGAAACUGUAAAACACGAGGUGGAGCAGGAGCAAAGACGACUAUCGCGUUACCAGACUGUGCAGGCAGACGGCAGGAAAACUGCGCCUAACUUGUCAGUUUCCAAAUCUGAGACAGCAGGUAAAAAGAUACACAGAGAUACUUAUGGACUGCCUUCACGCACAGACUUAACUAAAACGUACUCUAGAGCAAGGAAGUACGUAGUCGACAACACAAAACCAAGGACUGAUUUGGAAUAUGACCCUCUGUCCAACUUUUCUGCAGACCUGCAGUCUUACAGCUCAUCAGGUAAGGAGCAGAAAGUGAAAAACGGACAAAGUUUGAAAAGAGCAAGAAACGUUGUUCAUAGUGACCAAAAGAAACCAGUCUCACAUCAGGCCCAGCGUUCCCAGUCGCCUUCUCCAGAGCUACUCGAUGACUGCAAUGAUGAUAGCAUCCUGAUUAUUGACAUUCCUCCCUCACCUGACAGAAAGAGAGGUCGAUCUCAGAAAGCUGUUUACUAUGUUCCUGACACAACUCAGGAUACAGUAAAGGAACUCAAGGGGAUCCAACAAGAACCUAUUUUACUUGAUUCUCCACCACUCCGACGUGCAAAUGCUGAGGUGUUUAAGGUCACGUCUCCACCUGCAGUUGAUGUAAACAGAGUCUGUAGUGCUGAAAACAAUCAAGAUCCACCUAAUCUUUAUCAAAACGAAGACUGUGAAAUUAUAGCACUUGAUGAAAGUGUAAUUUGUGGCUGUUUGGAGGAUCUGGGAGGUGACUGUCAGAAAAGUACCUGUUUUCAGGCUGCUGAAACAGAAGAGGUGAAAAGUCCUGAACCUGCCACUGCAGGCGGGCAUGAUCACAGUUGGAACAAUUCAGAGGUGAUAGAGGAAGAAAACACAUUUUGUGUUGAAUUGUCUCAGUGUGAGCUGCCCUGCGGUGUUGAGAAAAUGAAUCCACAGCAGCCAAAUCAUUUUCCACACAAGAAUUCGCUUCUUUAUAAAACUGCUAGCUCAUACUCGCCAUACAAACAACACACAAAGAACGCCCAGAAAAUGGAGCGGCCCACUCGGUAUACAGUUCAGAAAACGUUAAACGAAAUGCCACAGAGACUGGGUGAAGCUGGUAUUCAACAUGCUUCACCUGACAGCUACCUGAGGCAAACAGAACCAGCUUCAGGCAGCAGCCAGUUUCAGGCUCAGUAUGUUUCAGCAGCGCCUGUCAGCUUACAUUUGACAAACAAAGCUGAAUCGUCAUCUGCAUCAACUGAACAGCGUUUGGUGAGAGCAGACAACGGAGAGAUUAUAAUCAUCGUCUCCAGCUCUGACGACGAGGAGGAAGAGCUCAACUAUUCAGAUGUGGAGCUCUCAGACAGCGACCCAAUGGAGGAAUGCUACAGGAUCUUCAUGGAGGCAAAUAACGAGGAGAAGGGAAAUGAAGGGCAGCCUGAAGUGUCUGUUGGAGCUAUUGAUGUGGAGAAACCGGAGGUUAAUAUCAAACCCCAAGGACUGUCGGGAAAGAAGAGGAUGGCUCAUGAAGCCAAACAUACAGAGCAGCCGCUGGCUAAGAGCAGACCGCAGCCUCAGGUGCUGGUUCCACUACGUGGGCCCGCAGCAUCAGGAUUCGCCUCCCAGCCCUCCAUCACUUCCAAAAUCCAGCAGGUACAGCAGAGAACCUCCAUGCUGACCACUUCAGUCAAGGGCAGUCAGGCUUUUGGCUCCUCCACCUGUCAGAGGAAACAAGAGACCCAGACGGUGGCUGCUCCUCCUCUUCCUCCUCCUGCUCACACCUCAGUAAACGCACAGCCUGUUCCUGUGCAAAAUGCUUACAUUAACUACAUACCUGUGGGAACCGCGGUCCUUGAAGUGGGCAACAACUUGCACUUGAUCCUCCCACAGGGGGCCUUCCCUUUGCCUGUCUCUUCCAAUUCCAGCCCAGUUACUUCAGUCCUAACCCCAAUCAGUCAAGUGCGUACGAGCCCCGUUACCGUGAAACAAACAUACCAUCCACAAAUGUACCAUCCACCUGCAGUUAUGCCCGUGCAAAGAUACCGCACAGCACCACCUCUGCUCAUUCCAGCGCCGGCGCGUAAACCUUCACUGACGUCUGGCUUUGCAUCAGCACAUUCAAGUACAGCCAAUCCAACCACUCCUCAAGCUGCUAAUGCUACUGCUAAGCCAGUGCCAACUAAGCGUAAAGUGAAGCAGCUGUGUGAGACAGCCAAAGACAAAGUGCCUCAUGACGUCCGACAGCGUUACGUGAACAUGUUCACAGAGGAGUUCCUCAAAACAACAGCCGACGUUAACGACGCCUUUGAAAAGGCACUUGCAGAAGAGAAGACUGUGUAUAAUCGCAGCGUGAACAAACUCAAAUAUCUGAGUGUUGCAGUGAAUGCACUGAAGAAGCUGAAAAAUCAAAGUGCUGUUGCUGCUAAAGAUGAAAAUGUCACCAGCCAAAGAUCCAAAGGCAACAUUCCUCUCAACCUGAAGAAGCUCAGAGGAAAUAAUGAUAUGGCACUGUAUGAGAGUUUGAAGGAUUAUAUUUUGACUGAGGAAAAGCUGAUUGAGAGCAACUAUCCUGUCCAGCACCCAGAGAAACCUGGUUGCGCUGCUCUUUUUGCUGACAAUAAGAAAGGAAACACAGACCCCCUCAAGAGGAUUUGCUGUCGCUGUGGGGCCACGUACUCUGUGAGCCAAACGGGCAAACACAUCCGCAAGGAGGAGUGCAACUACCACUAUGGGAAAGGAGUUGAGAAUAGAGUGCCAGGUGGAGUGGAGACCCGUUACAGUUGCUGUGAGGGAGUCAUGGGAGCACCUGGAUGCCAGCUGUUUAAGUUGCAUGUCCAUGACUCCAUCAGCCUGGACGGGUUUGUGGCAACCGUCCCUAGACGUCAGUCAGAUAGGAGCUGCCCUGGAGUUUACUCUGUGGAUUGUGAAAUGUGUUACACCAUUCAUGGUUUGGAGCUGUCCAGAGUAACAGUGGUCAACUCUAGUCUUCAAGUUGUCUACGACACCUUCAUCAAACCUGAUAAUGACGUCAUUGACUAUAACACCAGGUUUUCAGGCAUCAGUGAGGAAGACGUGAAGGGCAACCACACGUCUCUCAGAGAGGUGCAGGCGACCUUGUUGAGCUUCAUCAACGCUGACACCAUUCUGAUAGGACAUGGCUUGGAAACAGACCUCUGUGCCCUGAAGUUGCUCCAUGGGAUGGUGGUGGACACGUCGGUGGUCUUUCCCCACCGUCUGGGCCCCCCUCACAAGCUGACCCUCAACAACCUCACUGCUGAGUAUCUUAGGAGGAUCAUCCAAGAGAGCGUUUGUGGCCACGACACUGCAGAAGACGCUGCUGCCUGCAUGGAGCUCAUGUUAUGGAAGGUCAAAGAAGAUGGAAAACUGAAAAAAUGAUGAAAAUAAAAUAAAAUUAUGCCCACACUUCAUACUGUACACAAUAAGACAGAUGCUGUUAUACAUGCUGUUCUUUGCUGAUGACAUGGGAGGGCUGUUUUUUUUUUUUUUUUAUUUUGGUUGAAUUUGUUUGAUUAAUUUUAUGUUAAGAGUAUUUUCCCUCUGUUAACUUUUGAUUUGGAGCUCUAUGAGUAUUAAUGCACUGUACUGUGUGGUAAGAAAACCUGAAAUGUGUGUGUGAGGUGUUAUAAAUAUUAGCAGAGUAAACGCACAGAAUGAAA